AUGUGUGGUCCAAAACAAACCAUGAUUAAUCAAGGAAGGCAACUAUGUUGUCGCAAUGAUACCAAUGGUGUACCAACAAUUGGUAUUGGAUAUCAACUUACACGAAAUGAUUUUGAAACAGUCAUGUUAACGUAUAAUUUGACAUUUUCAAAUGUUUUAAGUGAUUGUCAAAGAAACACAAGUAAAUACUGUAUGACAAAUGAUCAAGCUGAAGAAAUUUUUUAUAAAAUUUCCUAUAGAGAAGCUACAGAAUGUACUGAUAAAUAUGUUUCUAAUUUGCCACCAAUGAAACGAAACGCAAUUAUUGAUGUAGCUGCUUGUAGUUGCCGAGCAUUGAACACAUUCAUUAAAAUGAGGCAAGCAUUACAAACGAAUAAUUGGACAGGAGCUGCAGAAGAGUUGAAAGAUUCAACAUGGUGUAGUCAAAAUCGUAUCCAAGCACAAGUAACUCAUUAA